UGCAGAACCGCCCAUUAGCACAGUCGCCUGGUAGCUGUCGCCAUGAACACGUCCCCGAGUACCGCAUGCGGAUGGAUGGUGUUCCUGCCCCUGGUCCUGAUGCAGCAGGACACUCAAACAGCCAACUGGCAGGCUCAAAUCGAGCUGGAGCUGCAGGAGCAGCCAGAGCCAGACAAGCUGGCCUAUUGCCGGGCCCUCCAGCAGCAGCAGAAGCUGCGGAUAUCGCUCCAAACCACUGGAUGUGCCGCCAUUCUGAACAACCAGCUCGCCGUGACAGGCGAAAUGCUACUCGAGACUCAACCGCGCUGCUGGCCCGGAUGGGGGCUCUUUGGAGGACGGUGCCGCAAGUUAGCCUGAAUAGUGUGUGGAGUGUUCAAGGGGCUAUUGAAGAGCAUAAGCAAAUUGUCGAAACUUAAA